AUGGAUGUUCAAACAACAAGAUCAUGCGUUGUGGAUUACAAUAGCUCAUCACCAAAGGCGUCAAUGCAACGUGGUUUGAUGGCAGCUUUUGAUAGUGUGGCCCAUGAUACUCCAUCAAACUCUACAAAUGUUAAUGAUUAUUACAGUGAUAUUGGUGAUCAAACAUACUCAUGUCAUCACUGUGGAGCUAUGUUUUGGUUAGAGGAGCGAGUUAAUAAAUCUAGCGGUGUUCGAAAUCCGAAAAUUUCACUAUGUUGCAGUCAUGGAAAGAUAAAGUUGUCGCAUCCUAAUAUUCCACCUAUGGCAAUCAGAACGAUCAACAAUGGUAGUGCACCACCAACUUUUAGGUUACAUGGUCAAAAUUUUCACUUAAUGGGUAGUUUGCUACCACAAUCUGGCGAAAGACCAAAGUUUGCUCAAUUGUAUAUUUAUGAUACUCAAAAUGAGAUCAACAAUCGUCUAAGUGCACUUGGGGAAGAUGAGUCAACCACUACAAUGCAUCGUGAAAUUGUUCAAGACAUUAAAUAUGCACUAGAUGAAAAUAAUGUUUUGGUCAAGAGUUUUAGGAUGGCGAAAACAGGGAUGGAAAGUAAUCAUAGAGCUGAUAUUAAAAUCAAACUCAUCAGUAAGCGGAACAAAGAUGCAAGGACAUAUAACUUGCCACAGGUUGGAGAGGUGGCGGCAUUGAUUGUUGGUGAUUUAGAUCCAAACAUGGGAGAAAGAGAUAUAUUGGUGGAGUCUAAAGCUGGUCAUUUUCAAAGAAUAACUGAAUUAAAUCCAGCAUAUCUCCCACUGCAGUACCCACUGCUCUUUCCUUAUGGUGAAGACGGAUACAGAGACGAUAUACAGUUUACUAAUGUCGAAGGUCGGAGUUCAAAUGCUAGGAGUAAACUUAGUCCAAGAGAGUAUUUUUCAUUCCGUUUGCAAGGUAGGUUCAAUGAAAUGUCAACAUUGCUUUAUGCUAGAAGGUUGUUUCAACAAUAUUUGGUUGAUGCUUAUACCAUGAUAGAAUUGGGACGCUUGGUUUAUAUUAGGACUCAUCAAAAGUCACUUCGCUGUGAAUCAUACAAAUGUUUGACAGAUGCGUUAACACGUGGUGAAGUAGAUCCUACUGCCCAAGGAAAGCGCAUCAUUUUGCCAUCGAGUUUUACCGGAGGUGCAAGAUAUAUGGUGCAAAAUUACCAAGAUGCAAUGGCUAUUUGUAGAUGGAUUGGGUAUCCAAGUCUAUUUAUUACAUUCACAUGUAAUCCUAAGUGGCCUGAGAUUGAAAGAUUUUUACAACCAAGGAAACUCAAAGCUGAAGAUAGGCCAGAUAUAAUAUGUCGUGUGUUUAAAAUGAAAUUAAAUGCACUCAUAAAAGAGAUUCAGAAAGAGAACAUUUUUGGAGUGGGAUUGCCACAUGCUCACAUUUUGAUAUUCUUGAGCAAGAGUAACUCUUACCCUAAUCCUAAAGAUAUUGACGUGAUCAUAUCUAUUGAGAUUCCAAGUCAAUUGUGCGACCCUGAGUAUUAUAAAGCUAUAGAUGAAUUUAUGAUUCACGGUCCAUGUGGUGCAGCGAGGAAGAAUUCACCUUGCAUGGUAAAUGGUAAGUGCUCUAAAUUCUUCCCCAAAAAAUUGGUUGAAAACUCCACAGUGGAUUUCGAUGGAUAUCCAAUCUAUCAGCGUCGAGAUAAUGGUCGUACAAUACGGAAGAAUGGGAUUGACCUUGAUAGUAGAUAUGUUGUUCCACACAAUAGACAUUUGCUUAUGAAGUACAAGGCUCAUAUUAAUGUGGAGUGGUGCAACCAAUCUAGAUCAAUAAAGUACUUAUUCAUGUACGUCAACAAGGGUAAUGAUAGGGUCACAGCUGAAUUCUACAACAAUGGGGUGGAAGAAUCUACUUGA